AUGUCGCGGAGUUUAGCGGCUCUUGUGGCGGCGCUGCUGCUCAGCUCGGCGGCCUCCGGUAGAACCGUGCGGGGGCUGUUCAAGACCGAGGCGGCGAGGCACGAGCACGGUCAGCUCGUCGCGCAGUUCAUGUUCCAAGGUGGGAACGGUCUGGUGGUGUGCCGUCUGGACCAGCCGGGCCCGGCUGCAGAGAAGGGGUCCAGGCUGCUGCUGUACCAGGACCUGGACUCGGACCUGGACAACCUGAGCUGCUCCCAGAGGCUCAGCAAAGCCCAGCUCACCGUUUCUCUGAGCCAGGAGGAACAGAACCAGACGAUCCCGGGUCAGGUUUCUCCCUCGGUUUGGCAGGUCCGGUACGCUGACCGACACACCUGUCAGGAGAGCUCUGUGGCUCCGCCCCCCUCUGACCUCAGCUUCACGCUCCUGCUGCUGAACCCCGACUCCGCUGGGAACCCUCUGGAUCACUUCAGCGCCGAGGAGGCAGGGCUGCACGGCUUCUACUUCCUGCUGCUGCUAGCCUACUUCAUCGCCUGCUGCAUCUACGUGCAGCCGCUGCUGCAGGCUCUGAGGAAGGGGGGGCCCAUGCACACCGUCCUCAGGGUUCUGACCACCGCGCAGGCUCUGCAGUGCUUCUCCGCCCUCUGCAACUACAUCCACCUGUCCAGGUUCUCCAGAGACGGAGCCGGUUCUCCUCUGAUGGGCGGCCUGGCAGAGCUGUGGGACAUGGUGUCCCAGGUGUCCAUGCUGUACCUGUUGCUGAGUCUGUGCCUGGGCUGGACUCUGAGCCGGGGCAGGAAGCCUCAGUCCAGACCUCUGCAGUGGGAGCGGUCUCCGGCCUCCACAGCUGUCGCCGUGGGCGGAGUCAUCACGCAGGGGGCGCUGCUGCUGUGGGAGCAGUACUCCGGGUCUGAGGGGGGUCAUCACAGCUACCACGGCCAGCAGAACCUGGCGGGUCUCCUCCUGGUGGGUCUCAGGGUGGUCCUGGCCCUGCUGCUGGCCUCCGUCCUCUACCAGAUCAUCUCUACGGAGAGGAGCACCCUGAAGAGAGACUUCUACUUCACCUUCGCCAAGGGCUGCUUCCUGUGGUUCCUCUGUCACCCAGUCCUCGUCCUCACGUCCGGCGUCUUCAACGACCACCAGAGAGAAAAGGUGGUGACCAUCGGCGUGAUCCUGUGCCAGUCCAUCUCCAUGGUGGUCCUCUACCAGCUCUUCCUGUCUCGCUCCCUCUACUGGGAGGUGUCCUCCCUGUCCUCCGUGUCCCUGCCGCUCACCAUGUCCAGAACCAACCACAGGGGGCGCUACUGAGGACACCGAAGGUCCCGAUACGAGCGGAUCUCCGUCUGUGGGGCGGGGCUGAGCUCCAGGAAGUGUUCUCCUGCGCUGCUAGCCGUUUCCUGGGAAGGACGAUGGCCAUCGUCACGGCAACCAGGUUGACAGGAAACCACGAGAAAGACGCACGGCCCUCAGGCGGCGAGGCGGACGUCGGGAUUAAAAUGAUUUAUUCCGGACGGGACAAAAAGAAACACUGAAAAUAAUAAGUUAUAAAAGCGGCGGCUCGGAUGUUUGGACGGUUUGAAACGGCACAAAACGUCGGACGAUCAAACUUUUAUUUGUCAGCCGAAAUAUUACAGAUGUUACAGAUGAUCCAGCUGUCAGGGUUUGUUGCUGUUUGUUUAUUGGAGGGGCGGGACUUAUCGGAGGUGAUGACAGUAACUGGACGGGUCGGUGGGUCAGAACCGAAGACAUGAUCAUAGAAGGUGGACGCAGUCCCGGUUGUUUGUGUAGCCAAAGAAAUGAUGUCACU